AUGGAUUGGUAUGAGCCUGGAGAAGACACAUACACACUUAUUGACGCUAUUGAAGCUGAGGCUUUGCGUGGCAUGGUAGUGCUUGAUCUAGGAACAUCCACAGGUGUAAUUACUCAACUGUUGAAAAAGCAAAACACCGUAAUAUCAUCAGACAUGAACAUCAAGGCACUUCUAAACCACAGCGGAGGUAAUUUGGUAAGGGCUGAUCUAUUAUCCUGCAUCAAUCAGAAUGCUUUUGAUGCUGUUGCGUUCAAUCCUCCAUAUGUUCUGGACUCUGAUGAUCCUGUGAUUGGCGGCGAGGCAUUUGGAAGAUCUGUGAUCGACAGAUUCAUAGACACCGUUCGUAUUCCAACAGUCUACUUGCUUGUAAUAAAAGCAAACAAACCACAGGAAAUCAUUUCGUCAAUGGAAGCCAGAGGAUACCAAAGCAAAGUCAUCAAGAUAAGAAAGAUAAUGGGAGAAACAAUAUACAUAAUAAAGGGAAUAUUGAACAGCAGUCAGGUUCAUGCACAGAAACUCUUAAAUAGCACUGUUUUAUUGAAUUAA